AUGCGGAGCGGCUUCUCGUCGUCACGGGAGGCGUCCGCCGCCGCGGCCGAGCCCCUCCUGUCGCCCUCGCCGGCUCCUGCCGAGAGGCUGCGCGGCGGGCUGCGCGACGAGGAGGAGGAGGAGGAUGAGUACGCCGAGGAGGGGGGCGGUAGGUGCAGUAGUACGAGCAGCGUCGUGGACCUCGACCAGAUCGCCCUGCAGAUGAAUGUGCGGGUGGAGGAUCUUCUCCGGGCGCUGCAGGGCGGCAGCAGCAGCGGCGGCGACGGCGCCGCGUCUGAGACCCGUCCGCGGUCGCAGUGCGCCGUUGCUGGCGUCAGCGGCAACGAGGCCGCCGCCCACGGCGAGCGUGGCAGGGAGGCUGGCAGUGGCGGCAGCAGAAGCGGGGGGACUGAAGGUGGCGCCUUCGACGUGCUGCGGCGGCACUUGUCGAAGGAGACGUUGAGCAGGACGCAUCUGCUGCCGUUCGCCGUGGAGGACACCGCCGCGGGUGGCCGGGAGAGGGAGCAGCAGCUGCGGGAGGAAACGGCGGCGGCGGAGGGGGAGGAUGCGGCGGCGCCCAUUGUGUUUCUUUCAGAGUCCAGCAACCGCGGCAGCGGCUCGCAGGCCUCUCGAAUUCCCUCAGCAGAGGCCCCUGCGCGCAUGGGCACGCCUAGGCCCUGCACCUCCUCGUCGUCGCCGCGGCCGCGGCGUCGCAUCCGCUUUGGCAGCCGCAUCGUCACCAACGUCUGCGUGUACAGCGUCGACAACGAGGUGUACUUUGGGCUGCAGUUUCGGCAGCAUUGGUCGAGCUGGGUCGCCCUGCUGUGCGGCUUCUGCCUCGAGAGCGCCUUCGAGGUGCACCUCGAGUGGUUCGCCGGCGUGGGCGGCGCCACCACGCACGACACCAUCCCCAUUGCCCACUGGGUCUACACCUACAGGGCGCUCUUCUCGGUUGCCUACGGCGUGGCGUGGCUGAUCUACAGCGCCUGGCGCGACGGCGUGGGCGGCCUCGUGACGGUCGCCGCCGAGCCACGCAGCGUGUGCUUGAAGAGCCUCGCGGCGACGCUGGUCUCCUCGCUUUGUUUCUCGCUCGCCACCGCUGUGAUGGUGCUGACAAACGCGAUGUCCGGCUCCUCGCUGCUCUUCACGGCCACAGUGAUGCAUUGCCUCUGGAUCCUGCUCUACCGCGUCUCCCGGGCGCAGAUUGUGUUUUUGGUGGAGACGUGCGGGUCGUUUAUGCUCAUGAUCGGCAACGUGUUGUGCAACAUUGACGGCAUGCGGCUGAUGGGGCUCCGCGAGGCGGUUUACGGGAACCUCCUCAUGAGCGGGGGCAGCCUCCUCUUUGCCACCGCCUUCCUGCUCAUGGCGUACGGCCUGCAGCGGGGCCUGUGUGGGACGGUGGGCCUCACCGUCGCGGUGGGGACCGAACUUUUUCUCGUCACGCUUCUCAUGGGUGUGUCGCGCGGCUACGCGCUCUCGUCUGACGCCGGCGACAGCCUCGUUGCCGGGUUUAGGCGGGCCAACGUGAUGCACUGCUGCCUGCUGUCCGUGGAGGACCUGGUCUUCUGUCUCAUGUAUCUCUACGCCCUGUACCACCUGGACGUGCUCUCCGUCUCCGCCUGCUUCUCCCUGAAGGUCGCCGUCGUGCCGGUGGUGGCGCAUUUUGUCGUCUGGAGGCACACGGAGCACGUGCCGCCCGUCGUGCAGGCGCGCUGGGGGCCGCUGCUGUUUGUGGGCGUCGCGGUAGUGGCGGUGGCUGCCGCGAUUGUCAUGUUUUUUGCAUCGGUGCGGCGUCGCUUCGUGGCGCGGCGGCUGUUCCACAUGCGUGGGCUGCGCAGGGUGCCGGACCCGUACCGGAAGAAGCAGAGGCGUAGACGACGCGAUCGAUUGCGUUCCGUCCCAUUGUACUUCGAGCUGUUUAAUCAAAGCCAACGGGCACGCGAGCCACUGCCGCCGGGCGAGUGA